GUAAUGGCAGAUAUUCAGAGACCCACCGGUAUGGUCUACCCUGACCUACCACGAGCAGAAAGCAAUUUACGGAGUGCGAUGAUGCGCGGGUUAUUUUCGCAAAGAGAGCGAGAGUAUAUGAGUUACUCAUCUGAUAUUGCUGAGAACAAUAAUGUUGAGGUUGAAGAGCAUGAAAACAUAAAUACAAUGGAAACAUCAGUAAUAGUUAACGGAAUAAGUCGUAUAUCAAGUGGCGUUUUUUUUAGUGAUAAUGAGACAACUUCUAGCUUAAGCGAAUUGUCUUCAGAUCAUGAUUCGAGUUUGGAUAGCUUAGACAGCUUGGAUAAUUGUCAAAGUUCCGUUGUUGAUGCUUCGGAGAAUAUUCAAAGCGAUUCCAAUAGUUCAGAAAAUGGUCGAAAUUCUACGUUUAACAGGCCAGGAAAAAAUCAAAAAACACAAUUUAAUAAAGGUGCAACUUACAGAGACUCAGUAGAACCUUACUAUGACAAUUAUGAAACUAAUAAUAUUAAUGGUAUUUCGUCCGAUGAAUUGACAUCACCAUCUUUCACAUUACCACGAGAUCAGGUGUCAUGUACAACACCACCAAAUCCAGAACCAUUAUCGGAACUACAAAACAAUAAUAAUGAAAAAU